GCUGUUUCAUUGAGGGACCCGGGAGCCCAGCGCACCCGCGCUGUCAUUGGAAAGCCCGCCCCCGAAUCUUUUGCGCCGGCUGGGCAAAUUGAGGCCUCGGGAGGGCAGGCGCCUGGCCCCGAGGGUCCCCACCCGCUCCCGCGCCGCCCACCCCCAGCUGCCGGGGCAGCGCGACCCACGCCCGCCUAGGUCCUCGCAGUGCGCACAGCGCUCCCCGCCCCCGCUGCCAUCCUGCCACGCCCCAGGCGUCGGGGGCAAAGCCCGAGCCCCCCCGCACCCCGCCCUGCGCAGAGGCUGGGGGCCUGUUUAUCUGGAGGCCCCCACCCCCUGCACCCGGGGGGCCGCUCCCCCCGCGCCCCGGGGAGCUCUGGAGCCAGAUAAGCUGGCAAGCUGGCACUGCGCCGCGCAGCGGGGCGGAGAGGUCAAAGGAGGGGGGGGCGCGCCGGGGCGGGCCGGACCCCCCCAACUUGCCAAAACCUAAUAACAGCCCGGUCUCCCCGGCGCAGCGGGCGAAGCCCCACGGGAGGGCAGGGACGUGGCAAGAGCCGACCUGCCGAGCCUGUUCUGGCCUCCGAGGCCGGGCUGGGGGGGCGGGCUGGGCGUGGGGGGGCCGGCGGCUGCGGCACCUUUAAGACAAGGGAGGACCCCUCUUGCCCUCGGAGAAACCAGGAAGGGAGUCGCGAGCAUCAUACGGGGCUUUGGCUGUACUGUACAGUUACUGUAGGGGCAGUGACGCCGCCGCCGCCGGAGCGAGGAGCGACGCGGGCAGCGCGAGCGAGGGCAGCGCGAGCGCCGCGGACCCGGGAGGCCAGCGGCCGAGGGCGCCCAGUCCCGACUCCGGGCCCCGGCCCCGCGCGCCCCGGCCCGGCCCCGGCCCGGCCCCGCGAGGUCUCACACGGAAAAUGGCCGGCGGCGUGGACGGCCCCAUCGGGAUCCCGUUUCCCGACCACAGCAGUGACAUCCUGAGCGGGCUGAAUGAGCAGCGCACGCAGGGCCUGCUGUGCGACGUGGUCAUCCUGGUGGAGGGCCGCGAGUUCCCCACGCACCGCUCCGUGCUGGCCGCCUGCAGCCAGUACUUCAAGAAGCUGUUCACGUCGGGCGCCGUGGUGGACCAGCAGAACGUGUACGAGAUUGACUUCGUCAGCGCCGAGGCGCUCACGGCGCUCAUGGACUUCGCCUACACGGCCACGCUCACGGUCAGCACGGCCAACGUGGGCGACAUCCUCAGCGCCGCCCGCCUGCUGGAGAUCCCGGCCGUGAGCCACGUGUGCGCCGACCUCCUGGACCGGCAGAUCCUGGCGGCCGAUGCGGGCGCCGACGCGGGGCAGCUGGAGCUGGUGGACCAGGUGGGCCAGCGCAACCUGCUGCGGGCCAAGGAGUACCUCGAGUUCUUCCAGAGCAACCCCAUGAACAGCCUGCCCCCCGCCGCCGCCGCCGCCUUCCCCUGGCCGGCCUUCGGGGCCUCUGAGGAUGACCUGGAUGCCACCAAGGAGGCCGUGGCUGCCGCCGUGGCCGCCGUGGCUGCCGGCGACUGCAACGGCCUGGACUUCUACGGACCAGGUCCCCCGGCCGAGCGGCCCCCAGCAGGAGACGGGGACGAGGGCGACAGCAACCCGGGCCUGUGGCCAGAGCGGGAUGAGGACGCCCCCACCGGGGGUCUCUUUCCUCCACCAGCGGCGCCCCCGGCCACCACGCAGAACGGCCACUACAGCCGGGGUGGGGAGGAGGAGGCGGCCUCGCUGUCGGAGGCCGCCCCUGAGCCGGGCGACUCUCCCGGCUUCCUGUCGGGCGCAGCCGAGGGCGAGGACGGGGACGCGCCUGAUGUGGACGGGCUGGCGGCCAGCACGCUGCUGCAGCAGAUGAUGUCCUCGGUGGGCCGGACCGGGGACAGCGACGAGGAGUCGCGGGCGGACGACAAGGGCGUCAUGGACUACUACCUGAAGUACUUCAGCAGCGCCCACGAGGGGGACGUCUACCCCGCCUGGUCCCAGAAGGGGGAGAAGAAGAUCCGUGCCAAGGCCUUCCAGAAGUGCCCCAUCUGCGAGAAGGUCAUCCAGGGCGCCGGCAAGCUGCCGCGGCACAUCCGCACCCACACGGGCGAGAAGCCCUACGAGUGCAGCAUCUGCAAGGUCCGCUUCACCAGGUGAGCCGCCCGCCCCGGCCCCCUCUUUGCACAUCCCCCACCUCCGUUGCUCCAGCUCCAUCUGGGGGCAGCCCAGGCACCAGACAGACGACCUGGUCAGACAGAUAGCAUGAGCCAGGCAUGGUGGCUACUCCUGUCCGCCCAGCGGCCUAGGGAGGCUGAGGCAGGAGGAUCCCCAGUCUGAGGCCGGUUUGAGUGACUUAGCAAGGCUCUGCCUCAAAGCCAAGUGAAAGGGCCUGGGUGCGGCCUGCAGCAGCACAGCCCAGGCAGGGACCUGACCGGCUCUUCUGUUUGGGGUGGCCCUUCUCUGUGGAAGGAGGGCUCCCCGACUCUGCCUUGGGAGGAUGGGAUGCUCUUGGGGAAUGAGCUGUGGAGCGGGUAACCUUCUCAUUUGGCCCACGUUUGUCAGGCACUUUCUGUAUGCAGCCCUGAUCAGGCCCAAGGGCGCACAGCGUGGAGCAGGCACAGUCCCUAUGGGGCAGCCGGGGCAGCGGGCGGACUGAGACAUGAGCACCAAGACUCACAGGGCACAGGGAGGAGCCCUGAAAAUGGUGGUCAGGCAGAGACAGCCAGUGCAAAGGGCCUGUGGCUGACUUGACCUGGACAGAGCCAGGGACUCGGUCCCCGGGGUGCACUCAAGGCCAGGCUGGGGGCAGGUUGCUGGGGGCAGUCUUGGAGUUCAGAGGUGGCUGGCUGGGUUGUGUGGAACCAAGGCAGGCCAGACCAGUGGGGGCGGUAGGGCUGGCAGGCAGGGGCCCGGCCAGGCAGGGUGACUCAGCGUCACCCCCUGCCCCCCACCCGCCAUGGGGUUCCCCCUGCCACGCCUACCAAGGCAAAGAAAGAGGCCAUUGUCCCAGCUUCCCAGCCCCACCCCACUGGGACAGGAACCCAGGCUGACCCCUCCCCAGCACCCUUGGCCCCCUCCCCAGCAGGCCAGGAGAGGCGGGUGGGGCCCAGUCUGCAGUGCCAGGUGGGGGCAAAGGGCACCGCUGAGGCAGCCCAGCUCCUGCUCUGUGAGCCUGUCCUCCGUCUUGGACCCUUCCUCCCCCAGGCAGGGGUCCUGAGGGGCUGUGAGCUCUGUCCAGGGCUUUCUGAGCUCCACAGAGGCCAAGGGCCUGCCUCCCCUGGGGCCCAUCCAGCCGAGUGUAGGGAAACUGAGGCACGCACGGUCCCCGUGAGGCCCCUUCUCCCACGCACAGCUGGCUUCCGCUUUAUCCCCCUCCCCAGGGCCCCGGGUCCUCCCAUCCAGGCCUGGGAGCCCAGGGGCCCCUCUGAGUCAGAGCAGAGCGUUGAGUAAGCAGGGCCUGUGGCAGCCGGGCUAUAAUUACCCAGGCCGGGGCUCGGGGUGAUGAAACUGGGCUGCCUCCACCCCCACCCUGCCUCUGCUCGGCCCCUGGCCCGCUGUGCAACCCUGGGCACGUCACUUCCCCUCUCUGAGCCUCCCAGCCUAAGCUGGGCUCUGUGUAGUGCUUGAGGCCUGCGCCAGGGCUGGGCAGGGCACCUGAGAGACUGCAGCGGGGGGUUUGUGGACGGAGGGAGCGGCCUGAUGCCUGAGGACUGGCAACACAGGUGGGCUGAGUCCUGCUGGCUCCAGGGGCUGCAGAAAUGGCGAGGGACAGGAGCUUGGUGUAGGGAGUGGUCCUGACCCCUGGGGCAGCCGAGAGCCACAGGUGGUCGGAGCGAGCAGCGACCCAGGUCUGCAGGCAGUGCCCGGGGAAGGUCUUGGGCCUGGAGAGUCAGAGGGGCAGGCAGGGAGGCCUUGAGGGAGGAGUAGGAGUCCCCACUGUCCCCGCUCACAGCCCCAUGUGGAGUGCGGGAUGGUGAUGGAGAGGAGCCUGGCUGGCGAGGUGUCCCUGGCAGUGAGGACUGGGCAUGCAGAGGCCCGGCAGGCUGUGGAGUGACAGCCAGGGUGCCCAGGUGCUGAGGGUUAGGAGGGUCGCAGGGCCUGGCUGUCUAGGUGGGGCCUCAGUUAUGCAGGGGGCCAGUCGCCCCUGUGUGUCCAGGACUGAGGGAUUUCUCGGCAUGGAGGACUUUGAGUACUUAGAUCAGAACUUUGGGUCCCCUGUCUGUCACCAGUGCCCAGGAGGUGGCAAUGGGAGGGCAGGGCCACCCCGCUCACUGUGCAGUUUUCGGCUCCUGUGGGGUGAAUGCAGCCG